UAAAUAACAGACGACAUUGCUUUUCUAAGGUUCAAUGUCACUAUGGCAAAUUAGUUUUACACGAACGCUAGCAAAUGCAGAAUAUUAAAUAACAGACCAUUCUCCGGAAUCUCAUUAUGUUAGUUGACAAUAGUUUCUGCUCCUGUUUACAGUAAACCUUAUGUUAAGCUACCAUGCAUUAAUCUUUAUGACGCGGUAAUAGGUGCGAGUUCGCACUGAACAUGGGCUAGAGUACCAUCAUGGCACACCACGCAAAAUGACAUAUAGUUUUUGUACAAAAUUUUUGUGCAUUGAAUGCAUUAUCCUUUGAAUCAAACAUUUUUUGCUAUAUUUGCUUCAAUACAUAAUAUGUAAUCAGUUUAGGUAUACAAAAGAGAUAAGUACUUACAGUCGUGAUACAAUAAAGUAAUUUAUCCGGCUCGAAACGUCAAGAUGCAAUGUGAAUAACGCUUUUCAACAAUUGACCUCAAUUUCAAUUUGUACAGAUGCAUAUAGCAUAUGUGUGUGAUAGCCAGAUGCCUAUUCAUACUAAAUGUACUUAACCCUUUUCGUGGCGUAGUGAUCAACCACGCCCGUUCGCUAUCAGUUCCGGGCUUCGAUUCCUCGCGCGGACAAUUACUUACACAUGUGAUCAGAACCACAGGCGGAGAUACCUAUAUCCUGUAAUCAGGUGAUCACUGGUGAUUCUGUGAUGUACUCAUUUCUGUGUUUGUAGAUCGGACCAAUGAUACAAGGCUUAGUGUGUGACGAUUAAAGCUUGUCCCCCAGGAACAAUUUCACAAAUCUAACAUAUACGGAAGGCGUUCAAUAAACGACAUAAUUCCUUCAAGCCGGGAAAAUGAUAAUGACCCUCGUAGCAGCCAGCUAUCAUCCACGCGGCAGACGAUGCACCAUCUACAUGAUCCCCUCUUGCACAAGGAUCCCAAACCAAUUAAGUUCUACGAGCCCCGCGAAGACCCGCGCCUCUUCUACCAGUCUGUUGAGUAUCUUCAAGAAAUUGCUCCGAAAGACUUAAAUAAUGAAGUCUCUUACAUCUAUCCUGGGAGGGAAGUGAUCCGCCCCGAUGAAAUGAGCCGUCUAAGAAUAAGAACUUUCGACCCGAACUUGCAGGAUAGCAUCAAAUAUAACGUGAUUAAUCAGGAAACUCCCUGCGUAAGAUGCCCUCACGAUAGGACUUUGAUCGCGAAGCCCGGCUCCGACCGCGUCGUGCUGCAAUUCCCUCGGCUGCAGUCAUGCUCUCACAGUAGGAGACUUCCGAGAAACGUCCGCUUUGUUCACAUGUACGGUCCUAAUUUUGGAUCGCUGCUAGAACCAGGCACCCAUGUCGUGGUCGGGAAAAUUGUUCAAAAUUACAAAACUUUACAAAUGUGCAAAAUGCAGAUCAACGUAGUGCUUCAAACCUGUACCAUUCCUAAAUCAUUGAUUGCUCAUUGUGAGCCUAAUAACAAAAACUGCAAUUUUACCUGCAGAGAUACCAAACUGGAGUUGCAUGGUCCGGAAACAUUAUCGUGCGAAGGGGGCAAAAAAUGGUCUGGAAAUUUACCAGUUUGUAAAGCUUCUGCUCAUACCUGGUGUAUGCCGCUUUUCCCGCCAGAACACGGGCGAAUCAGCUGCAAGGGCGCCACCACUGCAGAUGGCGCUGGUCUUCUAGAAGGAUCUACUUGUCGAAUGAAAUGCCAACGAGGUUGGAAAUGGGCGCCCCGGACUGCCGCUGUAUGCCGGAGAGGCGUUUGGAGUCACCGCUUGACGUGUCAGCCAAAAAGAUUUUAAUUCAAAUUACUUAACUCUUACAGUAGCAACUAAAAUUUAACAGAUUCUACUUAGGUAUAAGUACCUAUUUGUAUUUUAUUUUUUUUUACAUUUAUUAAGAUUUAUUAAUAGUUAUAAUUUAUUUAGUAGAA